UCUGCCACUAAUUUCAAUGUAAUCCUGUCUAUCGCACAGUUGGCCGACAUGGCGACCAUGAAGAAGCUUCUCGCUGGAAAAACCAGCAUCUGAACUCAAUUUGGUUCCACAGAAGCAGCUUGAACUGUGUCUGGAAGUAGAUAUUAAAUAUUUUGUCAAUUGGGAAAUAUACACGGGAAUUGUCCACAGUCUUAAAACGGGGCUGGAUGGUAGCAGGACAGAGCACCAUGGUGGAGCCCAAGCCCAGAGCAUCAGCAGCCCAGCGUCUUGAAGCCCAGGAGACUCUGGGUAUCAGCACCCUGGACCCUGGCCACAGGCCGCCCACCAUGCCCCCCGGACGCCAUGUCACCAUCAAGGUCCGCAUGUUGGACGACACAGAGGAGGUCUUUGACAUCUCACAAAGAGCCUCAGGCAAGGUGUUGUUUGACCUGGUGUGUACCCACCUGAACCUCGUUGAGGGAGACUACUUCGGCCUAGAAUACCAAGACCACAAGAUGAUGGUUUGGUUAGACCUCCUAAAGCCUAUUGUCAAGCAACUGAGACGGCCCAAGCACGUAGUCUUGAGAUUUGUGGUGAAGUUCUUCCCCCCAGACCACGCCCAGCUACUGGAGGAAUUGACCAGGUACCUCUUCGCCCUGCAGAUCAAGCAUGACCUUGCCUGUGGACGUCUGACCUGCAACGACAGUAGCGCGGCCCUGCUGGUCUCCCAUAUUAUCCAGUCUGAGAUCGGGGACUUUGAGGAGAGUCACAGUCGGCAGCACCUCCUCAACAACAGCUACAUUCCUGACCAGAUGGCUCUGAUGGACAAGAUCAUGGAGUUUCACUCCAAUAAUGGGGGUCAGACGCCAGCAGAGUCGGACUACCAGCUGCUGGAGGUGGUACGCAGACUGGAGCUGUACGGGGUUAGACUACACCCUGCCAAGGACCGCGAGGGCAGCAAGCUGAGCCUGGCCGUGGCGCACACUGGUGUCCUGGUCUUUCAGGGACACACCAAGAUCAAUGCCUUCAACUGGUCCAACGUGCGCAAAUUAAGCUUCAAGAGGAAGCGUUUUCUCAUCAAGCUCAGACCAGACCUGAACCAGAGCUCAUACCAGGACACUCUGGAAUUCCUGAUGGGUAGCCGGGACUGCUGUAAAGUCUUCUGGAAGAUCUGUGUGGAAUACCAUGCUUUCUUCAGCCUCUUUGAGGAGCCCAAAGCAAGGCCUAAGCCUGUCCUCUUCACCCGAGGCUCCUCCUUCAGAUUCAGCGGUCGGACACAGAAGCAGGUGAUUGAUUAUGUGAAGGACUCUGAGUUUAAGAAGAUCCCGUUUGAAAGGAAACACAGUAGGGUCCAGCACAGCAGAAGCCGUCCAUCUCCGCUGUCUUCCCCUCACGCCCCUCAAGUGCCAAAAGAAAGUGUGAGCGGUGCUCCAGGAGACAGAGCGGAGGUGGACUCUCCGCCCCACCGUCACUGGAAGGAGAGGAACGUGGGACACGGCGAGGACAUGCCAGGUCCUGGGGCAGAACCAGGCCCAGCCAGGCAGCCCCACUCAGACCAUCUGAACACAGGGGUGGUGUCCAACAGCCCUCAUCUCUCCGCCUCCUCCGUUAACUCCCAGGGCAUUGUCAACGGUCAGAAGCCGGUCGAACUCUGUGGUCACAGUCCGGACGUUCGGCAGCCCUCUUCCCUCACCAGUCCCUUGCUCAACGACUCCGGCAGUGUGCGCACCGACGAUGAAGACGAGGUUGGGAGGAAGAGGUUCCCUACCGACAAGGCCUACUUUAUCGCCAAGGAGCUGCUGACCACAGAGAGGACCUAUCUGAAGGACCUGGAGGUGGUGACUGUGUCUUUUCAGGACUCGGUGGGUAAAGACGAAGCAGUGCCGGACUCCCUGAAGAGCACCAUCUUCACCAACUUUGCCCCUCUGUACAGGUUUCAGUCCGUCUUCCUCAGAGAGGUGGAGCAGAGACUGGCUCUAUGGGAAGGGUGCUCCAAUGCCCACAUCAAAGGAGACUACCAGCGCAUCGGGGAUGUCAUGCUGAAGCACCUACAGGGACUGAAGCCACUGACAGCCCACCUCCAGAAGCACUCGGAGGCCCUGGUGGAGCUGGAGAAGGCAUGCCGGGGUUCCCCGCGGCUGGAGGGGCUGGUCCGGGACUUUGAGCUGCAGAAGGUGUGCUACAUCCCCCUCAAUGUGUUCAUCCUCCGGCCCCUGCACCGCCUCAUGCAUUACAAGCAGAUCCUGGAGCGCCUCUGCAAACACUACCCGCCCGCACAUGUGGACUUCAGGGACUGCAGAGCUGCACUGGCAGACGUGUCAGAGGUGGUGUCCCAGCUCCAUGGAAGCAUGAUGAAGAUGGAGAACUUCCAGAAGCUGCUGGAGCUUAUGAAGGAUUUGAUUGGCAUCGACAAUCUAGUCACUCCAGGGCGGUUCAAUGAUGUCCUGUUGUACACGAGUCGAGGGAUGACGGCAACGAACCAGUUCAAAGUGCACGGGCAGCUCCCUCUCUAUGGCAUGACAAUCCGGGAGAGCGAGGAUGAGUGGGGUGUGCCUCACGCCUUCACCCUGGUUGGGCAGCGCCAGUCAGUAGUGGUAGCAGCAAGUUCACUGUCAGAGAUGGAGAAGUGGAUGGAGGACAUUAAUAUGGCCAUUAUCCUGGCGGAGAGCAUCAACGGUCCUACGUCUGACUGGCUGGCCAGCAGUCUGACAGAUAACAAAUCCCUAACAGAGGACUCCUGUGCAGAGGCGGAGUCUGAGGACGACCUGAUGGCGUCGCGCACCUCCCUGGAGAGGCAGGCCCCUCACCGUGGUAACACCACGGUGCACGUGUGCUGGCACAGGAACACCAGCGUGUCCAUGGUGGACUUUAGCGUAGCCGUGGAGAAUCAGCUGUCAGGAAACCUGCUGAGGAAGUUCAAGAACAGCAACGGCUGGCAGAAACUCUGGGUGGUCUUCACCAACUUCAGCCUGUUCUUCUACAAGACCCACGAGGAUGACUAUCCACUGGCCAGUCUCCCCCUGUUGGGCUACUCUGUCACCAUCCCCACUGAUUCUGAAAACAUCCACAAAGACUACGUCUUCAAACUGCAUUUCAAAUCCCACGUCUACUACUUCAGAUCUGAGAGCGAGUACAACUUUGACAGGUGGAUGGAGGUCAUUCGCAGCGCCACAGUCUCUGCCAGCCAUAACCGCAUUCUGAGCCGGAAAGCGUCCCAUCCGUACUGACCCAAAGAGCAGGAGGGUUCUCUCCCUGUCUCCCCGUGCCUCUUCUCCUCACCACAACCUCCCCCAUAGGGUCUGGCCACAUACACACACUCACUUGUCUGGAAUCUGUUGAUUUCCUUUUCUCCGUGGAUCUGGGACGUGUGUACAUUGAGCAGUGCCCAAUGCACAAUCUUGGUGCUUAUUGAUGCGGUGACAUGUCUGCUGGUUUAGACUGCAAACAGAGACAGACAUUUUCAGCAUUUUUUUUUAAUACUCUGCUCUGAAUCUCUCUUUUUUUUGUAGGACGUAAUUUUAUACUGUUUUCAACGGAGCACAUACUAUACUUCUGUUUUCAAUGGAGCACAUACUAUACUUCUGUUUUCAACGGAGCACAUACUAUACUUCUGUUUUCUAUAGGAGCACAUACUAUACUUCUGUUUUCAACGGAGCACAUACUAUACUUCUGUUUUCUAUAGGAGCACAUACUAUACUUCUGUUUUCAACGGAGCACAUACUAUACUUCUGUUUUCUAUAGGAGCACAUACUAUACUUCUGUUUUCAACGGAGCACAUACUAUACUUCUGUUUUCUAACGGAGCACAUACUAUACUUCUGUUUUCAACGGAGCACAUACUAUACUUCUGUUUUCAACGGAGCACAUACUAUACUUCUGUUUUCAAUGGAGCACAUACUAUACUUCUGUUUUCUAUAGGAGGACAUACUAUACUUCUGUUUUCAACGGAGCACAUACUAUACUUCUGUUUUCUAUAGGAGCACAUACUAUACUUCUGUUUUCAACGGAGCACAUACUAUACUUCUGUUUUCAAUGGAGCACAUACUAUACUUCUGUUUUCAACGGAGCACAUACUAUACUUCUGUUUUCUAUAGGAGCACAUACUAUACUUCUGUUUUCUAUAGGAGCACAUACUAUACUUCUGUUUUCUAUAGGAGCACAUACUAUACUUCUGUUUUCAACGGAGCACAUACUAUACUUCUGUUUUCAACGGAGCACAUACUAUACUUCUGUUUUCAAUGGAGCACAUACUAUACUUCUGUUUUCUAUAGGAGCACAUACUAUACUUCUGUUUUCACAUUCUGUCAUUGAAAUGUUUUAUGGUGGAAACUGAUUCUGCAGUUGUUGUUUUUUUUAAAACCUGUUUUUCAUUUAGGAUAUCACUGCAUCCUCGAGGUCUUUUGUCUCCUUGUUCAUUUAAUGGGGGGAAAAACGAAACAAAAAAAGCUGCUUUGAAAUCCAACAGCUUGAGUGUCAAAACAGGUCUACCGUUGUCCUAGAUUUUACACUGCAAAUGUCAAAACAGGUCUACCAUUGUCCUAGAUUUUACACUGCAAAUGUCAAAACAGGUCUACCGUUGUCCUAGAUUUCACACUGCAAAUGUCAAAACAGGUCUACCGUUGUCCUAGAUUUUACACUGCAAAUGUCAAAACAGGUCUACCGUUGUCCUAGAUUUUACACUGCAAAUGUCAAAACAGGUCUACCGUUGUCCUAGAUUUUACACUGCAAAUGUCAAAACAGGUCUACCGUUGUCCUAGAUUUUACACUGCAAAUGUCAAAACAGGUCUACCGUUGUCCUAGCUUUUACACUGCAGUGGGGAGGAGACUUAAAAUGUGUCGUUAAACAGGCCACAUUAAAAUACUUUUUUAAAAUCUAAAUAUAUAUAUAUAUAUAUAUCAAUAUAAGAUGUCUCUGGAGAAUGUGAGUAACCUUGUGAAAACAUGGAUGAUCAGUAAAGAUAUCCAAAUAUGUAGUUGUACUAUUGACUCUAAAACUAUUUGUAAAACGAUCAGGUUAGUCACCAUCACCACUAACGCCAUUAUUCGCCAAGCAUAGUGAAUAUUUCUCUUACAUGAGGAUCUUUGUCGUGUGGAUACCGCUGAGGGUUAAUAGUGUGAGACAUGAUCACAAUCUGUGUAUUAUGAAGGACACUGUAAUGGAAAGCUUUAAAGAAUAUGCGUGAACCAAAAUAUCAACUUUCAGUUCCAAGCACCAUUGCCCUUGUUGGACUAGGCUGCCCAUAUGUAAGAGACAUUUAGGAAUUUAAAUGAAAUGGAUCUAUGCAUAUGACAGGGUUUAUGAAGUGUAGCAUUCCAGAGGGUAUUGAGGGUGUGCUGCCAGACAACAGAGAGAGCUCUUUGGCAUUGAAAGCAAUAAAAUAAAAAAUAAAUUUAUUUGAACAUUG